AUGAAUGAUUUAAAUGCGAGGGAUAUGAAUGUGGAUUAUAUUGCACCUGAGGUACCUUCUUCUUACGAGAAUCAGGUAAAUCAGCUAAUAUCAGAGCUACCUCUCGGAACAAAUUAUAGCUAUUACAAUGAAACGGUAUAUGGCACCGUUAUAAGCUCAAAUAAUACAUAUGACAGUAAUGGUGACUUGGGCAAAAGGUGCGUUUGGGUUGGUGCGGUAUGCCAACCGCAAUGUAAUAUAGCCAAAGUUAAGGAGAUGAGAGUCUACAAGCGUGGUAAUUGA